UCCAUAAGCGCCCCGUCAGUUUGAAUAAGCGCCCCUCAACUCAAAAAGAGCUAAAAAUAUUCUAAGCCCCGGCGCGGAAUCGAUCGGUACAUCCGAGACGCGCUCACUUUGUUGCUAGCGCAUAGGAUGCCUUCUUGAGUUGGUGCCUUACAAAAUGGCAGAUCUUUUAGUCGAUUUAGCUGUUAUUUUAGCAGAGGGCGGAAUUCACCACUAUUUGAAAUAUUAUUUGCCAACAAGUCACAUGCCUGGUCAUGUGUGCGGGUCCCCAGAAUACAACUACCCCCUCCGAAGUGGAACCCUCUCAGGGGAGUUCUUGUACCAGGUCACCAUUGGGGUUCCUAUCUUAUCAUUUGUUGUAUUUGAGCUGUUUACAACAUCCCGGUCAGGGCAGUCUAAGUUGGUUGAAUGCCUUCGUCAAAUCGCGAAGUACAUAUUUGGCAUGUUGUUGAUGUUGAUAAUUGGCCAGACAUUGAAGAGUGUGACUGGGGUACCAAGACCAUACUAUAACACAGUCUGCAAACCUAAGUGCACAGAUGGUUUUCCGUAUGUCAUUGCAGAGAAUGAGGCUUGUCAAACAACCCUUCGAGAAGCUACACGUUCUUUCCCUGCCCUUCAUGCCAGUGUUGCCUUCUAUGCUAUGGUAUAUUUUGUUUUGUAUGUGGAAGCACGUUGGACAUCACAGAAACCAGUCACAAUAAAACCAACCUUACAGGGUGCAGCCUUUGUAUUUGCGUUGUAUGCUAGCUGUACCCGUAUCACAGACUACAAGCACCACACGUUGGAUGUAGUUGGAGGCGUAGCCUUGGGUAUCUUGGUGGCACUGUUUGUGGUUUACAGCUGCACAGAUAUUUUGAAAUCUCAAACUGCAGAAGAAAAACCGAAAUACAAAAGAUAUUAGAUAUCCAAGAUACAGUGCGAGCUCCAGAAAGAAAGUGUUGAAAAUAUAACAAAUAAAAUGACCAACUUUACUCUCAAAUGUCCAUCUAGGGUUUUGGCAGGAAUUAUUUUGACUUAAAGAAAGGCCCAAAUUACUUUUGUAUGAUGUGUGAACGGGAGAUGCUCUUCUUUCCAAGCUUAAUUAAAGAGUAUAAUAUUGCUCUUGGCUUUAAAUUAAUUGAUUUGAAACCUAAUCUUGGAUAUACUGUAACCUAUUGGCUAUUAUCAUUUUAAUGCAUGUGCAUGUGGAACUUGAUAGUGACCCGGAUUUCAAAGUGUCACUAUGCUUCGGUGGAUACAGUAUGUAUUAUUUGUAUUACCAUUUAUUAGGUGUGAGGUGUUUUUUGGCUUUAUUGAAUAUGUGAAUUUCAAAAGAAUCAUAUUCUGACUACUUAAAAAACCAACUAUUUUUAUAAUAAACUAUAAAGUUAUUUUGAGUGUUUUUUAAUUGAGUGUUCAAAUUCUGUCUAUAAAAGGAUAAAGUGCUGCCCUUAAUUUCAACCAAAGAAAGAAAAAAUAUGUAGUUUGUCUAUCUUUAAGUAGAUAAAUGAAGGAUUGGUCCUAAUAACUAUGGGACUAGGAAAUUCUAGCUGUGUACUACUGUACGUACAGUAUUGGUCACAGUGCAGCCACACCCCAUUUUUGAAUGGACAAGAAACAAUGGAUCUUUGUGGAGUGUCAGUCAAGCAGUUGACCAAUCAGUACAGGGGCAGGAAUACGCACUUAUCUUACAAAAACGCACACGAUUACAUAGGUUUACGCUGUCGUUUUAAGAGAAACUAGCAACAAUAUCCAAAGGUCUCUGAGGGGUUUUCAAUUUGGAUUAUGAUGAUGAUGAUUAUGUAACCUGCAUUUUACUCAGUAGCACAAUGCAAGCUUGUAAAGUUGCAUGAAAUAAGUCUUCAUCUUUGAUAAUAAACAGAGUUUUAAAAAAAAAUA